AUGAAAACUCUGCCAACGACUUUCAUCAACGUGACGCCCUCUCUGUUCUCGACAAAAAAGACUCCUGGGAACUGUUCUGGAGUUGUGCUGCAAGCUGUUUUUGGAUUAAUCGCCUUUCUCUCAAUUUUUAGUAACUCAUUUUUCUGUGUGGUUCUACUUAGAAAGCGAUGUCUUCUAAAAAAGGCUUACAACAUCCUCCUGAUUGUUUUGGCAAUGACGGAUAUGGUUACAGGUACGAAUUUUGGAAAGUAAAAUUGUUACAGUAAUCCUUGUACUCCUGGUGAAUAUUGGUAUCCAAUUUUUUAAUCACCUAGAAAUAGACAUGUAAUCUUUACUUCUGCUAUUUGAUCAACAAUUUGACAAUCCAACUUUUCAUCACAAGUCAUCCAUUAAUGUGAGUGGUACGCUGAGAAUCUAAUGGUUGUGCUGAAGCUGCCCCUAUGUUUUUGGUGUUGUUGUCGUUUGAUGCUGAUGUCAUUUUUAUUUCCUAAAAUGUACAUUGUUAUGAUCUAGAUACCGUUACCUAGAAUUUAUAUAUAUAUAUAUAAUGUCUUAUUCACGGUCAUUUGUUUCUUUAUUCCCAGGUGCUGUUAUCGUAGUUACACCGGGUUUUAUAGUACCGGUAGAUAAAUUCCCAUAUCCUACAGGUAUGACUGGAUUAAGCUUAUUCUGUCAUCUGAUUGACACAAAGUUCCUUAUCUUCACCAUGGGCAAAGCUUCUGUUCUAAUGGUGAUGUGCCUGGCAAUUGAGCGAUGGCUCGCGUCUGUUAAACCUCUACAGUACAGAAUACAGUUUUCGAGUAGACGUUUGGCGUGUUAUAUCACAACAAUUUGGAUUUCAAAUUGUGUCUUACAAUUGUACCGUCUGUCUCGGAGAAUUCCAAGCGAAGAUGGAUGUCGUUGGGCAGAGGAAACGCUUAGGCCAAUCACCCUGAAAGCAAUGACAAUAUCAUACGUGUUCGUCACAUUUGUUAUUCCAAGCUUUGUAACAUGGGUUACCCUCCUCCAUAUUUGGAUAAGCGUGAGAAAAUCACCCGCAAUGAAUACAGCCAGCGGUAUCCAGACAAAAACUAGACUUCUACACAUGUGUGUUUUGACAGCACUCUUCUUAACACUGUGUUGGCUUCCAGAUCAACUGAACUAUAUCCUAAGUAUAUUUAAAGUGACGUCUCUAUCGAGUCCAAUAAGCGACUACCUUUUGGUUUUGGCUUUGUCGAACUCGUGUAUAAAUCCAUGGAUAUACUGUUUAGCAAACGAGGAGUUUCGCAAAGAAUUUCGAAAAUUGUUUUCCUUUAGAAUUUGCUGCAGUGCCAAGAUUCCUUUCAAAAGUUCCUCGUACUGCUUGAGGAGCAAAGAUAUCGUGAAAGACUUAGAAAUGGUUUUAGAUAACACCGUUUGA